AUGGUCCAUUCAUACCACCUGAUACCUGAGGAUAAGGAGGUGGACGUCUACGCACCUCUGCACACAUUCCGCAUUGACUCACUUCUAGCGGUCGAGCUCUGUAAUUGGAUUGGAAAGGCGUUCGCAGCAGAUAUAGCGGUCAUGGAAGUUAUGGGGGACACUAUCUCUCCCUCGAGGAAUCGAUCCUCGCGGGUUGAGUCCCCAAAUACGGCAGAGUCCUUCAUCUCACCAUCUACUCCAGGCUUUAGUGCUACAGUGGACACGAGCUCUCGGGUGGCAUCGAACGGUAACCACCUUCCGCGGUAUUCAUCAGCGAAUGCACCCGCUGUAGAAGCAACAGCAAACACGCUGCCUGCUGAAGUUAGCUCCGGUCAUACAGUGCUUCCUACUACUCAAGAACCAGUUAUCACAUUUCCCGAUCCACACGAUUUCUAUGACCCUUUGGAGGACUUCACUAGUUUCAUCGACAGUAUGGGUCUGGCCCUUGAUUCGGAGAGUCUCGUCGAUCUCAGGAGUAUCCCACUAGAACAUGCACCACUCUCCAAUGUGCUGCAAGCGGAUAACUACCACACUCGUGUCUCCCAAAUUUCAAGGCCGGACUACGACGAGGAGCAAAGCGAGGGUGCUCACCGGGCGCAGUCACCCACUUUAUUACCUAUUCCUUUGAAUCCAGCCGCUCCUUACUCUCUGGAAUCAGCGGUGCAGGCAGCCGUGUAUAUGCCACAAUUAAAGAUUACUGAGAUACAGAGGGCACAUAUUGUGCAAGCCCUCGGUCCAUUUCAACAUUUAAUGCCUGGAUUCACCUUGCCAUCCCGGGACUCUUUAACUCGAUUCUUAAAUGCCUACUUUGACAGGGUUUAUCCGCAUUUUCCCUUUAUGCAUGGGCCAUCGUUUCUGCCGGAGAACUAUUCCUUAGAGUUGAUUUUAUCCAUGGCAGCAUCUGGUGCCCAAUAUCGGUAUGAGCAUCGUAAAGGCCGAUUACUAUUUCACGCCUCAAAAGCAAUUUUUCAUGAGAGACAGCGACACAGAGAGGCAGCAACGUGCGAAUCUAACCUUUUACCCCAGCCAAUCAUCGUAAAUCCUGACCCUUAUUCUCCAAGUCCGACAAUUACAGAUGAUAUCAGGUGUCUACUCAAUCUGGCUAUAUACGCAACCUGGCAGCAAGAUCCCGAGGUUGUCAAAAGUGUUUGUGGUCUUCAAAGCACACUCGUUCGUCUAUUGAGAGAAAGCGGAUUGGUAGAAGUAAACAUUCCAGACUCGGACAAACUUGAUUGGCAGACAUGGUUACGACUGGAGCUGGAUCGCCGUGUUAAACUCUUUGCGUUUGCCUUCCUCAACUUGCAAAGCAUUGCAUAUAACCUACCGCCUAUUCUCUUGAGUCACGAAAUUAACCUUCGACUCCCGUGCACCUGCGAGGAGUGGAGAGCGGUCGACGAGACCAACUGGAGACAAUUCCGCCGAGAUAUUCCCCGAGAGCAGAGCCUUUUCCAAGACGCCCUAACCUUUCUCUUAGCGGGCAAGGAUGCCCCGAGCUCAAUCAAGCCAAUCCCUUCCCCGUCAGCCAGCAUUAUUUUGAUACAUGGAUUGCUUCAUCGCAUUCUCCUCAGCAGGCAAGCAUCGCUGUCAGGUGUUACAGAACAUGAGCAACGGCUUUUGAACUGGGUCCGUCGGAUUGUGGAAGAAGGCAGAACAUCUCUGGAUGAUAGUGAGGAUAAUACAUCUGAUGGGCUGAAUUGUGAGAGACUAGCGUUUUUCGUAGUACAUCUGUGGGCACGGAUCAUGCGGGGGAAUGCCCAAUGGCCUUUUAUUGAUAUUAUUGGGCAUAGUUUGGAGUUAUACGCAAGUGGGCGUUAUGUGCUAUCAUAG